GCGGCCAGUCUCUCCCCGUGGCGGGCGGCAGGAUGACGGUGCCCAGGUGGGAGCGCGCGGCCAGGCUGCUGCUCUGCGCGGCGGGGCUGGCGCUCUCUGUUUACGCCUUGCACGUGGAGACUUCCAAGGAGCGGGACGCCGCCUACCGGGCCAUGUGCGACAUCAGCGCCGACAUCAGCUGCUCCCGCGUCUUCACCUCCAGGUGGGGUCGUGGUUUUGGCUUGGUGGCAGAUCUUCUGGGACCUCACAGCCUCUUCAACCAGCCAAACAGUAUUUUUGGGAUUAUUUUCUACAUUCUGCAGAUACUUCUGGGUUUCUCCAACCACGGACUGGCAGCUAUCGCUCUAGUGGGCUCUUCACUUGUCUCCAUUGCUGGAUCUCUCUACUUGGCCUACAUCCUCUUUUAUGUGCUCCACGACUUCUGUGUGAUUUGCAUCAGCACCUACGUCCUCAACUUUGCCCUCCUGCUCAUCAACUACAAGCGUCUCGGCUACCUCAACCGUCCACAGCAGCCAAAGACGAAAGCCAAGAGGCACUGAAUACCAUGUCAUCUUGGCCUGGACAGUCCCUGGACCUUGUUUUUGAAGAUGACCAAGUAGGCUUACAAAGUUUGGAAACCAUCUCUAUCUUCUUUGCUCGGAGGGUCAUGUUCUUCAGCGUGUCUCUCACCGUCCUUCGGACUCCAAACAUCUCAGCUACAUGAUCUCCACCUCCUGGAACUAAAAUGGAAGUUACCUUGCAUUGUGCAAGCCAAAAUCAAGCUCUUUUGAUUUUACAUCUUUUUAAAUAGCAUUUCUCCUUAGAUUUAAAUAGCAUUUCUCCUGUAUUGUUUUAUACAGAUCAUUUUGUAUGAGUACAGGUUAUUCUUGAUAACUUCAAAAGGGACCAAUGGUGGAGUUCUUAGGGCUGGGUUAAGGGUGGGGGAAGGUUUGAUGCAGGGGUCUCUGCAAGGGCAGCAUCAACCUGGCAGGCAGGAGCAGGUGAUUGAUGCCCCCCCCCCACUUUUUCAUAUGCAUUGCAUACAUCACAUGCAUGUAAAAAGAGGCGGGGCUUUAUUAUCCAGUUAUACCUGCCAUUUUGAUGCCAUUGGCCCCCAUCCCUUUGGGAUACCCCUGCUUAAUACAAACUUUUGAAGAUUUUGGACUAUGAUAUAAAUGUGUCUUCCCAAAGAACAGGGGCUGCUUAAACCAACACAAUUUCACACUAAUAAUCAGGCCUGGUUUACUUUUCCCAUCAUUAAUUUCCUUUCCCUGGUGCCCACCCUGACCUAUUGUUUGGCAGACUGAAACAGGGUACCCCAAGUAGCAGAUAGUGAUGCAUCAUUACAAAAAAAUAGCAAGUUGCAAAUAAUUAUUUUCGUUACAAUUAAAACACUACACAUUGUAGAUAAAACUGAGACCGGUCUAGGUUCAUAGCCCAAAUGACUAUGUUUAAUUGCAUUGUAAAAUGAAGAUUAUAAAUAGGGAUACAAAGCCAUCUAUAAACUAUCAGUUUCCCCUGGCAAGAAACAAACUCCAAAGCAUUUGUUUCACUCUGUAUACAGAUGUUCUUGCAAACCCAAAUCCAGAGCUCUCAAAAAUAAGUUCAAGGGCAUUUCUCUUCAAUUGUGAAUGUACAGAAAUUGAAUUGUGACAUAUAAAGCCAUUUAAAAUAUAAAGCUAAUAUGUUACAUUAAAUUUGAUAAAGAGAGUUUAGAUUAUUAUUAUUUUAAACACUACACUGAUUUUGAUUUUCUGCGUUAGGCACCAAAAGUUUCCUGAGCCAUUUCUGUGUAUAACAAAAAAUAUUUGACAGCCACUUGGCUAAUUUUUUGUUUCGUUUUAUUAGAACCACUUUCUAGCUGAUUAUUCCUGUUGCAGAGAAAAUUAGGCAUCUCUUUUGUACAUUAUAAUUAGCUUCAUAACAAGCCACAUCUAUUCCCAUUCAUUUUUAGGUGGAAUAACGAAUGGAAAUAUUUGAAAAAAACUUAGGGCCAUUAGCCAUUAGAGCCACUUUGGUCCACUGGUUAAGGCACCAGGCUAAAAAGCAGGAGACGGUGAGUUCUAGUCCCGCCUUAGGCAUGAAAGCCGGCUGGGUGACUCUG